AUGAGCUGAUGGAACGGCUCGUGCUACGGAUACGGAUCGGGUAGUGACACCAAGUUCUCUCAUUAAGGUUUUGUGAACAAUACGAGCAAAUUGUGAACAUAGUUUACCCCUUGUCUGUGACGAGUCUAUUGUUAGCAUAAGAAGAAGAGGAUGGGCCGUAAAGUGACACUGGCAACAUGCUCAUUGAACCAGUGGGCUCUGGACUUUGAAGGAAAUGCGGACAGGAUCUUGAAGAGUAUUGAGAUUGCUAAGGUAAAUGGUGCCAAAUACAGGCUGGGCCCAGAGCUGGAGAUAUGUGGGUAUGGCUGUGCAGACCACUUCUAUGAGUCUGACACACUGCUUCACAGCUUUGAAGUCUUGAAGACUCUUCUGGACUCCCCAACUACUCAGGACAUCAUUUGUGAUGUUGGAAUGCCCGUCAUGCAUCACAAUGUGCGCUACAACUGCCGUGUGCUCUUUCUUAACAGAAAAAUCCUACUGAUCAGACCUAAGAUGCUAAUGGCCAAUCAUGGCAUCUACAGAGAGAUGCGUUGGUUCUCACCGUGGAGGCGAUUAAGGGAGGUGGAGGAGUAUUUCCUUCCCAGAAUGAUCCAGGAAGUAACCGGCCAGGACACAGUCCCGUUUGGUGACUGUGUGCUGUCUACAAAGGACAGCUGCAUUGGCACAGAAAUCUGUGCAGAACUCUGGAGCCCCAACAGCCCUCAUAUUCAGAUGGGGCUGGAUGGUGUUGAAAUCUUCACUAACUCUUCUGCUAGCCACCACGAGCUCCGGAAAGCUGAUCAAAGAGUUAACCUCAUCAAGUCAGCCACCACCAAGAGUGGGGGUAUCUACCUGUAUGCCAAUCAGAAGGGCUGUGAUGGUGACCGUGUGUACUAUGAUGGUUGUGCCAUGGUGGCUAUCAAUGGAGAUGUUGUAGCUCGUGGAGCACAGUUUUCUCUUGAUGAUGUGGAAGUGAUUACAGCCACCCUGGAUCUGGAAGAUGUCCGCAGUUACAGAGGAGAACUGUGCCAGCAACGCUUGGAAGGACAGCAAAAGCCUUGUCACAGGAUCAAGGUGGACUUUUCUUUAUCCAGCCCUAAUGAUAUCCAUCUCCCUACACACCAGCCAAUACAGUGGCACUUCCAUACCCCAGAAGAAGAGAUCAGUCUAGGGCCAGCCUGUUGGCUAUGGGACUACCUGAGGAGAAGUGGCCAGGGUGGUUUCCUGUUGCCUCUGAGCGGUGGCGUCGACAGCUCCUCUACUGCCUGUAUAGUCCACUGCAUGUGUGUGCUUGUCUGUCAGGCUGUGGAUGAUGGCAACAGCCAGGUACUGAAGGAUGUGCGAAGGGUGGUUGGAGAUGAGUCGUACACACCGCAGGAGCCGAAGGAGUUGUGUGGUCGCAUCUUUACCACCUGUUAUAUGACCAGUGAAAAUUCCUCACAGGAUACAUGCAGCCGAGCCAGGGACCUGGCUGGUCAGAUUGGAAGCGCACACAUGAAUAUUAGUAUAGAUAUGGCAGUGAAAGGCAUUCUGGGUAUCUUCUCAGUGGUUACUGGGCGAUGGCCUCAGUUUCGUGCAAAUGGUGGUAGCAACAGAGAAAACCUGGCACUGCAGAAUGUGCAGGCCCGGGUCAGGAUGGUCCUGGCCUACCUUUUUGCCCAGCUCAGUCUGUGGGCCCAUGGAAAGCCUGGUGGACUUCUGGUUUUGGGCUCUGCUAAUGUCGAUGAGAGCCUCACAGGAUAUUUCACAAAAUAUGACUGCUCCAGUGCAGACAUAAACCCAAUAGGUGGAAUCAGCAAGUCGGAUCUAAAGAGCUUCCUUGUUUACUGUGCAGAACGGUUCCAGUUUGCCGCUCUGAGAGGCAUCCUGGCUGCUCCGCCCACUGCUGAACUCGAACCUUUGACGGAUGGACAACUGACCCAGACAGAUGAGGCCGACAUGGGGAUGACUUAUUCUGAGUUAUCUGUGAUUGGAAGGCUGCGGAAGAUCUCAAAGUGUGGACCCUUCAGUAUGUUCUGUAAACUCAUUCAUAUGUGGAAGGACGUCUUUUCACCUACCGAGGUGGCCCAGAAGGUAAAACGCUUCUUUAGGAUGUACUCAGUGAACCGCCACAAGAUGACCACAGUGACUCCGUCUUACCAUGCUGAGAGCUACAGUCCUGAUGACAACCGCUUUGAUCUUCGACCGUUCCUCUAUAACACCCGCUGGACCUGGCAGUUCAGAUGUAUUGAUAACCAGGUUUCCCAGAUGCCAACAACAAGCACAAGCAAUACCGAACAGAAGACCUCAGUAUGAAAAGUUUAUAAAAUUAGAAAUCAUACACACACCUAUACUCUCUUUUACUGUGCUUUAAGUGUUUUUCUAAAUCUACUCUUUGCUAAUUUUGUGAUCUGAAUAAAAAUACAGAACAUAUUUCUUCCAGAUAUCCUGAUACAUCUCAAUAAUCCAGGUAGGAAAUAAAAAAAAGUUAAGUAGGUUCUCUGGUCAGGUUCUUCUUUGUUUAAACAUUUCUUCUUCAAAAGAGACUUCUUCAAUCGAAGUAGUUCCAGGUAAACUCAGCCUUAGAAGGAGAACUUUUGUAUAGUGGAUCAACAAGUUUAGGUGUUACAAUCAAAACAUGCGCUCACAUGCAAAGGACGACCAUCAGGCUGCUAACCAGUCAUUACUGCUCUGAUGGCCACUUAUCGCUCCCAGAGGAUUGAGUCAUACUUGCAAGAAGUAUGACCCUUGCAAAAGGGGACAAUUGGACCCAGUGGCCUCCACCCCUGUUUAAUGACAGGCGGUAUUUUUUCACAAAAAUAGCAGCCUUUACUCCUCAGUUAUACAUCGGGAAAACAAAGCAGCCACUGGCCAAAAGGGUGGCCCAGCACAAAAGAGCACCAUCACCAAGCCAGGAUUCUGUGUUUUACACUGAUCUGCAUGCCAGCGGUCACUCUUUUGGAUAGAGAGGAAUGUUGGGUGUAGAGAGAUCAUUACUGAGAGAUGAGUAAUGAAUACCAAGUUAACCUAUAGUUAAGCUCUAAAACAACAGAGAAUAAACUUAUAAAGGCAAAAAAUAAAAUAUUGCACAAUUACUGAUAAUGCCGCAUAUUCAGAUAAAAAUAACAUUCAACAAAACAGAGGAAAUACAGUGGCUGAUUAAUGCAGCAUUCAGUCAAAGUUGUUUCAGCUUCAAAACUCUUACAGAGUUUAAUUAUGCAGCAUAUCUACUGAUUCUUCUGUAGUUGUGCCUUAUAUUUGUGCCUUAACAUUUAAUCAUUAAAUACGUCUGAUGUUAAAGUUUACUGUUGGCACUAUAUGAUAAAAGUACUCACUUUCCUCCCUCCAAGCAGCUAAAUAAAAAAAGUGCUGCCAUGAUCAAUUCAAACAAAACUUUUAUUCUCCUGAAAAAUGUUUUUUUUUGUUCUGUUAUAGAUAGCAGUUUGCUGUUCUGCUUGCUGUACCUGUCUGCCUGUUCUCUACACAAUGCGAGCAUUGUAAUUCAAAAUCAAAUAAAGUUGAUUUUCAUUGUAGUUC